UUUCGUCGCUCGACUGAAACUAGAAACAUAUUCAUCAUGUCUGGAAGAGGCAAAGGCGGUAAAGGACUCGGGAAAGGAGGCGCUAAGCGUCAUCGUAAAGUUCUGCGUGAUAACAUCCAGGGAAUCACCAAACCCGCCAUUCGUCGUCUCGCUCGCCGCGGCGGAGUAAAGCGCAUUUCCGGUCUGAUCUACGAGGAAACCCGCGGGGUACUGAAGGUGUUCCUGGAGAACGUGAUCCGCGACGCCGUCACCUACACCGAGCACGCCAAGAGAAAGACCGUCACCGCCAUGGACGUUGUGUACGCGCUCAAACGACAGGGACGCACCUUGUACGGUUUCGGAGGUUAAACACCGU